GCCCCUGCCCAUGGCAGGGGUUUGGCAUGACAUGGCUUUAAGAUCCCUUCCAGCCCAAACUGUUCUGGAAUUCUAUGCUGUUGUCUCCUCAUCUCUCUGCCCACUGAAAAUUGAUUCUGUGUAGGUGUGAUUAGAAUGAAAGAGGAGAACUGCUACUGUCUAAUGUCUGCUGUUGCCACCUGGAGAGCUCUUGGAAUGCUGUCAGCAGCUCAGGGGAUCUGCUCAUCUGCUCUUCUCAGCACCCUGCCCUCAGCAGAACCACGAGGUUGUUCUGCAUACUGAUUGAGUUUUGCUAAGCACAAACAGGACCAAAGACAGACAAAACACUGUCAGAAUAGGGAUAGGAUUUUCUUCUGUGCAUUUUUUAUAUGCUUGUGGUUUAAAACACAGCUCCCAAGGACAGGUUUUAAUCCCUGAAUUGUGUUUUAAAGUGCUGUAGGAGCAUGAUAGAAGAUUCUUUGGGAAAGAGAGCAAAGCUGACCCUGCAUUUGUGAAAGUCUCCCAUGCUGUGACCUGCUCCCCUUUUGCUGAUUGCUUAAUAAUGCCAUAUUUAUCUUAGAGGAAAGAUGGUGGAAGGAUCCAUCUUCAGUACUUGGAAAGUGUGUAGAUUUUGGAAACAGAAGUUUGUGUUAAUAGCUCUGGACAAGUUUAACCAUUUUUGUGUUAGAUGCAGUUUCAUGAAGGAGGCAUUGAAAUAAAUUCCUGCUUCAUGGCAACUUCUAAUUCCCUAUUUUUGAUUUUAAUGUAAACCGUUCUCAUUUUCACCAAGAUGUGAAAUUUAUUUGAGUAUGCAUGUGUAAAAGGUGUAAUUUAUAACUGAAGCAAUGUACGGCUACUGUAAAGCUGUCCAACUUAUUUUCAUAAUUUAAGGCAUAAUUUAAGAGGAAAUUUUAAGGAGUUUGUGUUUUCUUAACACAACCAUAUGAACAACCAGUGUGUUCUUAGGCUGCUGGUAACCUGCAUGGUCUCUUUAACCUAGUCUGUAACAGAGGCCUGGAAAAUAUGUAAUUUAUGGAUGAAUUCUUACUGCUACUCUCUGGUGUUUUCUCUCUGAAGUGACAAACUUCCCUGACAGAGGUGGAUCUCCGUCUGGCCCCUUUGGAGCCUGAAUGUUCCUAUUUCUCCACAGGCUGGUUCUUCCAGGAGAUCUACCAGUCCCUCUGUGUUGAGUUCACACAAGUGCAGAUUCUCAUUGCUCCUCUGAAUUUACUGGAUCACCUGUUAUAUCACUGCAAUUUGGUAGUGCUGGAUGAUAGCAUUGACUAUACUUUUUUGGUAGAAAAAUCUGUUUUCCUCUAUUUGGCUGUAAGUUCAUGAAGGUGCCAUUGUUUUCCUCUCCUGUAAUUGCAUGCUCCUUGUAUGUUUUUUGACUUCUCUGCUUUGUGUGCUUCCACUUUUCCUGCAGCUGGAUGGAGAAGCAGCCUGGUUUGUGCAUUGCCAUGGGUGACCACUGCUUUCCUGUACUUGCCUAGUACUGAAGCCACCAGGAUUCAUGAUGGAGACUUUGCUGGAAGGAAUGCAAAGAGGUGGGCGGGGAAGUGGUGGGUUCCUGACCUCCUGUGAGGCCGAGCUGCAGGAGCUGAUGAAGCAGAUCGACAUCAUGGUGGCUCACAAGAAAUCCGAAUGGGAAGAGCAGACCCAAGCUUUGGAAGCUUGUCUGAGUGCUCGGGAGCAGGAACUUGCCUCUGCCAAGGCAGCUUUGCAGGAAAAACAAAAGGAGGUUGGCAUGCUGCGCCGCCAGGUUGAGGAUGUGGAAAAAUCCAAGCAGGACAUGGUUAGAGAGUAUGAACAACAGCUGAAGAAGUUCCAGGAGGAGUUGUCCCGGCUGAGGAGGAGCUAUGAGAAGCUGCAGAAGAAAAAAACAAGGAGCAGAGGAGAAGCUAACAAAGGACAAGAGGAGGACAAGUUUGAAUUGAGCCGACUGACCAGGAAGCUGGAGGAGUUCCGGCAGAAAUCACUUGACUGGGAGAAGCAGCGCCUGCAGUACCAGCAGCAGGUGGCAUCGCUGGAGGCGCAGCGCAAGGCUCUGGCAGAGCACUCCGAGCUCAUGCAGAACACUGAAAAAUUCAAAAUGAGCACUCCCCCAAGCUGCUGGAACCAGCCAGUCGGAAGCAGAUGCUGGACUCGGUGGAGCUGGCGAGCCGCUCGGAAAUCCAGCACUUGAGCAGCCGGCUGGAGAGGGCCAGGGACACCAUCAGUGCCAACGAGCGCGAGGUGGAGAGGCUCAGCAUGAGGGUGGAUGGCCUCAGUGAGGACAACCGCGUCAUUCUGGAAGAUCAGCACAGAGUUGAAGAGGAAUUAAGGGAGUCCAAGACAAUGUUAGAGGUGCUGCAGGAUGAGAAGAUGGAACUGAAAGCCACCUUGCAGUCUCAAGAAGAUUUCAUUAACAGCUCGAAACUGCACCAGGAGCAGUUACAGAAACAGCUGGACAGGAUGACUGAAACUCUUCACACAAAAGAACUCCUCAUCAGGGCCUUGGAGGAGCGCUUGCAAGGGAAGCCAUUGUCCUCUGCAGGGCUGGAGCUGGAGCAGGUGCUGCUGCAGCUGGAUGUUGCCCAGAAGAAGGAACAGCACUUGCAGUCAGAGGUGACUCGUCUUGAGAACAGCCUGGUGUCUUCAAAUGCCAGGUGUGUGCAGCUGAGCGAGGAGCUGGGGGAGAAUAUCAAAGAGCUGCAGUCCCUGGAAGAAGACCAGACUGAGUCAAGGGCAGAGAUUAAAAAGCUGAAAGACCAGCUCUCACAGGCUGAACAAAUGCACAGCAGUGAGCUGGAGAGGAUGAAAAGGGAGAUUUCCAGGCUGACCCAGGAGCUGCAGCAGCGAGACAUCACCAUUGCAUCAGCAAGCGGCUCCACCUCGGACCUGGAGCAACAGCUCAGAGCAGAGAUUGAAAGGGCAGAGAGGAAAGCAGUGGAACACAGGGUACUUCUGGUCCAGCUGGAAACCUUGAGGCUGGAAAACCGUCAUCUCUCAGAGAUUCUGGAAAAAACAGAGUGUGGUAAGCUGAAGGGGGCUGAUGGCAGCCUGAGAGCACUCAGGGAGGACUACACUGCUGAGCUGCAGAAAUUGAUAGCUGAGAACCAGCAGCUGCGGAAGGACCUGGCAGAGACCAGGGCGAAACUGGUGGUCACUGCACAUGUGUGCCCAGGUGAACCUGAGGGCAGGGCUCAGCAGGGGCAAGGCAGAGAGCCCAGGGAUGUACAGCACAGGGAAGCACAGCACAAGCAGGAUGAGCACACAGGGAGGACACAUCUCCAGCCUGACAGGACUGCUCAGCAUCAUCACAGGGACUCCCAAAGGUUUGGGGCUGCUGAAACAGGAACUGUGACCCCUGAGAUGGGUGAGCCACCCUCCCAGAGCAGCAGCAAGAACUGCAGGGAGCCACGUGCCUGGCUGGGAAUGGAGUCUGUGCUUCAUGAGGUGCAUGAAAACAAAGAUCUUGCAGAUGAAGCAUCUAAGCAGCCUGCCUUAAAUCAUCACAGAGAAUCUCUGUUUUUGUGCCCCUUGCCUACAGCUUCUGUGGGAUCCAUUGCUGCACGAUACCUGGAAGAUGAAGAAGUGAGAUCCCAGCACAUCCUGGAGUGCCUAAAUGCUCACAUUGAGGAACUGAAAAAAGAGAGUGCAAAGAUAGUGAGACGAUUUGAACACCAUGAAUAAUGUUCCUUGUGGAGUUGGAAUGCUGGUUUCCUUAUGUGCUUCCAAACUGUGACUGGGAAGGUGCCUGUAUCCAGCUGGGAUUGGAGCUUGAGUGAGAGGCCGUGUGUCCCACUUGGAGCUGAGUCAGCAGGAUGGGAUUUGAGGAAAAGGAACUCGUGUGUCCAUGCUUGCUCUGAUGAGGGGUGUUACACCACAAACAUUUGAGUCAGCUUGCCAUAGGUCAGAGACCUGCAUCACAGCUAUGUGCUCACUUACAAAGUUGAUAGUAUUUUUUAAAAGCAAAACAUUUCCUAGUUUUUAUGUAUUUUAAGUAUAUUUUCUACGCGUAAAAGCAUUGAAAUAAAUCAGAAUGGCAAAC